AUGGCCGCCAGCGAUUCGCCUCCCCUCCCUCCCCUCGACCACCCUUUUCUUUCGUAUCUAAUCGCCUUGCUCUCUGUCUAUGAGCUGGGACCGAAUUCUGCACCUCCACCGCGCUAUGAUGGACCAUCAGAUUGGCAAACCGAUAGCAUUAUUCGCAGUUUGACUGCUGUGGCGAAGCGAAUGUACGAAGCAGAAACGGAGGCGCAUCAUCUGACAACGGGGAAGGAGCGAAAUAAGACCCAAGAAGAUCAUUCUCACUCGCCUUCAUUACCAAGCCCUGAAAGUGAUCACCAAAGCACAGUAAACACCAGCGCCGUCUCCAGAACACGAAGCAAUGGCAUGCGUUCACCCACUCCGUCUAACUCUACCCCAAUGACAAUCUCUCUCGAAGGUCUCAAAGAUAACCUAGACAUCAUGAGCAUGUCCAAUACACCCCAGAAGACUCGCUCCCCCACUGAACCGAUCGCUGUUAACAAAGUUGCCAACCUAGACUGCCAGUCAUCAUCCGAUACCACGACUCCGACCGCACCCGCCGAGCCUCUGCCCAACUCAGUUUCUACUACCAGCCUAUCUAGCUCUGUUUCCGCCCCCCCAACCAGCACUAUCAUCUACGAUCAUGUAGCAUGCCCAACCUGUGGCAAGACUAUCACAGACCCCCUCACCAUGUCGCGACUAUCUUCUCUUUCCAACCUUUCCGCCCCUUCCAGUGGCUCACCGCUCGUCGUACCGAUGGGUCCUCUUGCUGCGGCCGCCUUUGAAAGCGGAUUGAGCGCUGUCGAAGAGCUCAAGCUCCUCAAGGCACAGGUCAUGGACGUUGCACGCGUUUGCAAUGCAGUAGCCACCGGUGACCUUAGUCAAAAGAUUACCGUCCCCGUUCAGGGUGUUGUCAUGGUUCAGCUCAAAGACGUCAUCAACAAGAUGGUGGAUAAAUUAGGUCAAUUCGCGAAGGAAGUCACAAGGGUUAGUCUAGAAGUCGGCACGGAAGGGAAACUCGGAGCGCAAGCUCUCGUUCUUGAUGUUGAAGGGACAUGGGGAGAACUCACAGGUGUAGUCAACAAGCUUGCCGCCAAUUUGACAUCCCAGGUCCGGUCUAUCGCUAUGGUUACAAAAGCCGUCGCUCUCGGGGAUCUUUCUAAGCGAGUCGAGGUCGACGCCAAAGGUGAAAUAUUGGACUUGAAGAAUACGGUUAAUGGUAUGGUCGUUAGACUACGCGCACUCGCUGCCGAAGUCACCAGGGUUACUCUCGAAGUUGGUAGUCAAGGCAAGUUGGGCGGUCAGGCCUAUGUUCCCGACGUCGAAGGAGUAUGGUAUGAAUUGGUCAGGAAUGUCAAUCGGAUGUGUUCUUCGUUAACGGAUCAAGUGCGAUCUAUCGCCAAAGUGACGACCGCCGUAGCCAAGGGCGACUUGACCCGAAAGGUUGAAAUCCAAGUCGAAGGCGAGAUGUCGACGUUGAAGGGUACCGUGAACUCUAUGGUGGAUCAGUUGAACGCCUUUGCCAGUGAGGUCACGCGAGUGGCAUUGGAGGUUGGGACGCAAGGUAUCUUGGGUGGUCAGGCGAGAGUCGACGGUGUACAAGGCACCUGGGCAGACUUGACUCGAAACGUCAACAAAAUGGCUUCAAACCUUACCGAUCAAGUGCGAUCUAUAUCUGAGGUCACCAAAGCCGUAGCUUCCGGUGAUCUUACCAAACUAGUCGAUGUUGAUGUCCAAGGCGAAAUGCUGGAUUUGAAGGAGACGGUCAACUCUAUGGUCUCGCAGCUCAGUACUUUGGCAAGGGAAGUCAGCAGAGUGAGUUUGGAGGUCGGAACGGAAGGUAUCCUAGGAGGACAGGCCGUUGUUCCAGAUGUGCAAGGCAUGUGGAAGGUUCUCAGUGACAACGUCAAUCUCAUGGCCAUGAACUUGACCAAUCAAGUACGAUCCAUCGCAGAGGUGACUAAGGCUGUGGCUGGCGGCGACAUGACGAAGAAGAUUGAAGUCGAUGUCCGUGGUGAGAUGUUGGAGCUCAAGGAGACCGUCAACGGCAUGACAGAGAGUUUGAGUGUCUUCGCCGACGAGGUGACAAGAGUGGCCAGAGAAGUCGGCACUGAAGGUCGUUUAGGUGGUCAAGCCAGAGUGACAAACGUCGGAGGAACAUGGAAGGCUCUUACAGAUAACGUCAACGUCAUGGCCGCCAAUUUGACCCUCCAAGUCCGAACAAUCGCAGUCGCAACGACCGCUGUCGCCCGUGGUGAUCUUACGCAGAAGAUUACUGGCGUUUCCGUUUCUGGUGAAAUGUUGAACCUCGUCAACACUAUCAAUGACAUGAUUGCCCAAUUGGCCAUUUUCGCAAAGGAAGUCAAGAAGGUAGCAAGAGAGGUCGGAACCGAGGGCAAAUUGGGUGUGCAAGCCGAGGUUGGCAACGUACAGGGCAUCUGGCAAGAGAUCACACUCUCUGUGAACACGAUGGCGAGCAACUUGACUACACAAGUUCGAGGCUUUGCUCAGAUCAGUGCGGCGGCUAUGGAUGGCGAUUUCUCCAGGUUCAUCACAGUUGAAGCUAGCGGUGAAAUGGACUCCUUGAAGACGCAGAUCAACCAGAUGGUGUUUAACUUGAGGGACAGUAUCCAGAAGAAUACUGCCGCCAGAGAAGCCGCCGAAUUGGCUAAUCGCAGUAAGAGUGAGUUCCUGGCCAACAUGAGUCACGAAAUCAGGACUCCGAUGAACGGUAUCAUCGGUAUGACGGAGUUGACGCUGGACAGCGACCUCAAUCGCUCCCAGCGCGAGAGUCUGCUUUUGGUAAACAGCUUGGCCCGAUCACUGCUUCUUAUUAUCGACGAUAUCUUGGAUAUCUCUAAGAUCGAAGCUGGGCGUAUGACCAUGGAAGCUGUACCCUACUCCCUCCGUCAAACUGUAUUUGGCAUUCUCAAGACUCUCGUCGUUCGCGCUUCUCAAAACAAACUUGACCUAACCUACGACGUCGAACCUGACAUCCCCGAUCAGCUCGUUGGUGACCCGCUCCGUCUACGACAAGUCAUCACCAACUUGGUUGGAAAUGCCAUCAAGUUCACUCCUAGCAAGGUUUCACGGAAGGGUCAUGUGUCCCUGUCGACAAGGUUACUAGCCAUGGAUGACUUGAACGUGACUAUUGAGUUCUGCGUCAUGGACACAGGUAUCGGUAUCGCCGAGGACAAACUUACCAUGAUCUUCGACACUUUCUGUCAGGCUGAUGGCUCAACUACCAGGGAAUACGGUGGCACUGGUCUUGGUCUAUCCAUCUCCAAGCGUCUCGUAUCGCUCAUGCAAGGUAACAUGUGGGUAGAGAGUGAGCUAUCGAAGGGCAGUAAAUUCUACUUCACCAUCACGUCCCAAAUCAGUCGAAGCUCCAAAAACAAUAUCCUCUCCAAGAUGAUGCCGUUCUCCGGGCGUACGAUACUCUUCAUCGACACGUUGCGCGACACGAGUGGGGUCGUAGAAAGCAUCAAAGAGCUUGGACUGAGACCCUACGUCGUCCAUGAUGUUUCAGAAGUCUCGGACAAGGAUAAAUGUCCUCAUAUCGACACCAUUGUGGUAGAUUCACUCAGCAUGACCGAAACUAUCCGAGAGUUUGAGCAUCUUCGUUAUAUUCCCAUCGCUCUUCUUGCACCGUCAAUCCCUCGUCUCAACCUGAAAUGGUGUCUCGACAGCAGCAUAAGUUGGCACGUUACGACGCCUGUUUCAUUGCAGGACCUUGCUGGCACACUCACAUCAGCGCUGGAAUCGAACGCAGUCAGUCCAGUGUCGGCGGUGAACGACGUGGUCUUCGAUAUUUUGCUAGCCGAGGACAACCUUGUCAACCAGAAACUCGCCGUCAAGAUACUAGAGAAGUAUGGCCAUACGGUAGAAAUCGCCGAGAAUGGUAGUCUGGCUGUCGAUGCUUUCAAGGGUCGUGUUGCACAGAAUCGACCUUUCGAUAUCAUCCUAAUGGAUGUAUCGAUGCCGUUUAUGGGUGGUAUGGAAGCCACUGAACUGAUACGGACGUAUGAACGAGAGAACGGUUUAUACGCUACACCGAUCAUUGCACUGACCGCUCAUGCUAUGAUCGGCGAUCGGGAACGUUGUCUGCAGGCAGGCAUGGAUGACCAUAUUACGAAACCCCUCCGGCGCGCAGAUCUCCUUAACGGCAUCAAUAGGUUGGCGAGCGAGCGAAGGAGCAAACACCCAUUGCUCUAUAGGCCUACCGUGUCGAGUGGUCUGGUGUAG